AUGGAGGCGCGCGGGGAGCUGGGCCCUGCUCGGGAGCCAGCGGGCGGCGACCUGCUGCUGGCGCUGCUGGCGCGGAGGGCGGACCUGCGCCGAGAGAUCCCGCUGUGUGCCGGCUGCGACCAGCACAUCCUGGACCGCUUCAUCCUCAAGGCUCUGGACCGCCACUGGCACAGCAAGUGCCUCAGGUGCAGCGACUGCCACACGCCGCUGGCCGAGCGCUGCUUCAGCCGGGGGGAGAGUGUGUACUGCAAAGACGACUUUUUCAAGCGUUUCGGGACCAAGUGCGCCGCGUGCCAGCUGGGCAUCCCGCCCACGCAGGUGGUGCGCCGCGCCCAGGACUUCGUGUACCACCUGCACUGUUUCGCCUGCGUCGUGUGCAAGCGACAGCUGGCCACAGGCGACGAGUUCUACCUCAUGGAGGACAGCCGGCUCGUGUGCAAGGCGGACUACGAAACGGCCAAGCAGCGAGGUCAGUGGAAGGGCGCGACAGUCACCCCGCCUGGCCUCGGCGGGACCCAGACCCCACCUUCCUUGGCUACGGGCCUGGACAUGCGCGUCGUGCAGGUUUGGUUCCAGAACCGCCGGGCCAAGGAAAAGAGGCUCAAGAAGGACGCGGGGCGGCAGCGCUGGGGACAGUAUUUCCGCAACAUGAAGCGCUCCCGCGGCGGCGCCAAGUCGGACAAGGACAGCAACCGGGAGGGUCAGGACAGCGACGCCGAGGUCUCCUUCACCGAUGAGCCAUCCGUGGCUGAAAUGGGCCCUGCCAGCGGCCUCUACGCCAGCCUGGGGGACCCCACCCCAGCCUUGGGCCGGCCUGCGGGAGCCUUGGGCGGCUUUGCACUGGAGCACGGAGGCCUGGCAGGCCAAGAGCAGUUCCGAGAGCUGCGCUCUGGCAGCCCCUAUGGCGUUCCCCCAUCCCCGGCCGCCCCACAGAGCCUUCCCGGUCCCCAGCCCCUCCUCUCCAGCUUGGUGUAUCCAGACACAGGCUUGGGCCUCGUGCCCUCGGGGCCCCCGGGCGGACCCCCACCCAUGAGGGCGCUGGCGGGGAACGGACCCAGCUCCGACCUUUCCACGGGAAGCAGCGGGGGUUACCCUGACUUCCCUGCCAGCCCUGCCUCCUGGCUGGACGAGGUGGACCAUGCUCAGUUCUGA